AUGAUAACUGGCUCGGUUCCAAGGAAACGAAAUGGUCGAGAGAGCGUAUCUUUGAAUAGUUGUCCCAGCGAUUUACUUCGCAUUUCGGCGGGAACUGUGGCGACUAUCCUUCCAGCAGCUUUAUUGGCUCGGUUUGCACGUCUUCGCAAUAUCACUGAACGUCUCGUUUCAUUCUUAAAGACCAAAAGUACCACUACAAGUAUCGACCAGAAUCCACCACAGAUGCCAAGUAAAGCCCAAAAUACCUCACGCCAACCAUAUGCUUCUGCAAUGAACGACAUCAAGAAAUAUCCAGAGGGGCUUCCACAAACAGCGGCCCAGAGGAAUAUGCUCAUCGCGGGUCCUAUUUGA